CGGCGGCUCCGCCUCCUGAGGGCUGACCCCUGAUGGUCCCGGCGGUGAGUCCCACCGUACCCUCCGCCCGAAAUCCCUGCGUCCGGCACGGCCCAGUCUAAAUGGAAACCACCCUUGGGAGCUGGAUGCCUGUGUAGCUGUUCUAUCACAUCAGUGAUUUGCAAUGAGUGGGGGAGGAGAGCAGCCGGAUAUCCUCAGUGUUGGAAUCCUGGUCAAAGAAAGAUGGAAAGUGUUGAGGAAGAUUGGGGGUGGGGGCUUUGGAGAAAUUUACGAUGCCUUGGACAUGCUCACCAGGGAAAAUGUUGCGUUGAAGGUGGAAUCAGCUCAACAACCAAAACAAGUCUUGAAAAUGGAGGUUGCUGUAUUGAAAAAAUUACAAGGGAAAGACCAUGUUUGUAGAUUUAUUGGCUGUGGGAGGAAUGAUCGAUUCAACUAUGUGGUCAUGCAGUUGCAGGGUCGGAAUCUAGCAGAUCUACGCCGUAGCCAAUCCCGGGGCACUUUCACCAUUAGCACCACUCUUCGGCUGGGCAAACAGAUUUUGGAAUCUAUUGAAAGCAUCCAUUCUGUGGGAUUCUUGCACCGAGACAUCAAACCGUCAAACUUCGCCAUGGGUCGCUUUCCUAGUACAUGUAGAAAAUGUUAUAUGCUGGAUUUUGGCUUGGCUCGACAAUUUACCAAUUCCUGUGGUGACGUCAGACCACCUCGAGCUGUGGCAGGCUUUCGAGGAACCGUUCGCUAUGCAUCAAUCAACGCCCAUCGGAACCGGGAAAUGGGAAGACACGACGACCUCUGGUCCUUGUUUUACAUGUUGGUAGAGUUUGUAGUUGGUCAACUGCCUUGGCGAAAAAUAAAGGACAAGGAACAAGUAGGCUCUAUUAAGGAGAGAUAUGACCAUAGGCUCAUGUUGAAACAUCUCCCUCCAGAAUUCAGCAUCUUUCUGGACCAUAUAUCAUCUUUGGAUUAUUUUACGAAACCAGACUACCAGCUUCUUACCUCCGUGUUUGACAAUAGCAUCAAGACUGUUGGUGUAAUUGAGAGUGACCCUUUUGACUGGGAGAAGACGGGAACUGAUGGCUCCCUAACAACCACCACUACUUCAACAACUCCUCAGUUACACACCCGCUUGACCCCGGCUGCAAUCGGAAUUGCCAACGCUACUCCCAUUCCUGGAGACUUGCUUCGAGAAAAUACAGAUGAAGUCUUUCCAGAUGAACAACUUAGUGAUGGAGAGAAUGGCAUCCCUGUUGGUAUAUCCCCAGAUAAAUUGCCUGGAUCUCUGGGACAUCCUCGUCCCCAGGAGAAGGAUGUCUGGGAAGAGAUGGAUGCCAAUAGGAACAGAAUAAAGCUUGGUAUUUGUAAGGCUACUACAGAAGAAGAAAACAGCCAUGGCCAAGGAAAUGGUAUGCUGAAUGCUCCAAGUCUGGGUUCACCCAUUCGGGUCCGCUCAGAGAUUACUCAGCCAGACAGAGAUCUUCCACUGGUGCGAAAGUUACGUUCCAUCCAUAGCUUUGAGUUGGAAAAACGUCUGACAUUGGAGCCAAAGCCAGACACGGACAAGUUUCUUGAGGCCUGCCUGGAGAAGAUGCAGAAAGAUUCCAGUGCGGGAAAACAAUCUACUCUCCCUGCUCAGCUUCAUAAGCCUUGUGUUCCUGCUGUAUCACGUAUGGACCACAUCUGGCAUUACGAUGAAGAAUAUCUUCCAGAUGCUUCCAAGCCUGCUUCUGCCAACACUCCUGAGCAGGCAGAUGGUGCUGGUAGCAAUGGAUUUAUAGCAGUCAACCUGAGCUCCUGCAAGCAGGAGGUGGAUUCCAAAGAAUGGGUGAUUGUGGACAAGGAACAUGACCUUCGAGAUUUUAGGACAAAUGAGGCUUUAGGGCAUAAAACAACUGGGAGCCCUUCUGAUGAGGAACCUGAAGUGCUUCAAGUCCUGGAAGAAUCGCCUCAGGGUGAAAAGCUCGGAUUAGGUCCUUGGGAGGAAAAUGAUCAUUUAAAGAAGGAAACCUCAGGUGUGCUCUUAGCACUGUUGGGAGAGUGCCCUGCCACUGCUGCGUCAGAGCAAUACACAGAUAGACUGGGACUCCAGGCUGGAAUUGUGAGUCAGUUUAUUGCAGCAACAUCCACAAGCCCAUUGGAGGCACAAGCAGAAGGACCCCUCACAGCGGUUACAAUUCCUAGACCUUCUGUGGCAUCUACACAGUCAACUUCAGGGAGCUUUCACUGUGGUCAGCAGCCAGAAAGGAAAGAUCUUCCGCCUGUGGAGCCCUCUGUGGAACUGGAUUCUCCAAGGGAGAACUUUUCUGGCUUGGUUGUGACAGAGGGUGAACCUGCUAGUGGAGGAAGUAGAACAGACUUAGGGCUUCAGUUAGAUCACAUUGGUCAUGACAUGUUACCCAAGGAAGUGCACAUUAGAGAAUGUGACAAAUCCCAAGACCUCGGACAAAGAGACCUUCUUGACCAUAGCAGACUGGUUGUGAGAGAAUUUGAGAGUCUCCCUGGAGAAACUGAAGAAAAAAGUAUUUUAGAGUCAGAUAAUGAAAAUGAGAAAUUAAGUAAAGGGCAGUGUUGUAUUGAGAUCUCUCCUGUCCCAGGAGAUUUGGUAACUACAGAAAGGGAUCAUUCAGCUACCACCGAACCUCUUGAUAUAACAAGGACACAAACUUUUAGUGUGGUGCCAAAUCAAGACAAAAAUCAUGAGAUAAUGAGACUUCUGGCAACUGGAACUUCAGAAAUUUCUCCAAGAGUCAUUGACCCACAUGUUGAAGGACAAAUAAGCCAGGUGGCAGCAAUGCAGAAAUGGAAGCUAUCCAAGGAUGAUGGCAUCAAGAGUGAGGAUUUACCAGGUCAUCAAGGAGACCUCUCUACUUUUUUGCACCAAGAGGGUAAAAGAGAAAGAAUUGCUCCUAAAAAUGGAGAGCUGUUUCAUUGUGUUUCAGAGAAUGAACAUUGCCCCCCGUCCCGGAAGGAUGUAGUUCGGCCAUCUUUUGUAAGUAGACAUAGCCGAAUCCCUGUUUUAGCACAAGAGAUAGACUCGGCUUUUGAAUCAUCUUCUCCUGUCUCUGCAAAAGAGAAGCUCCUGCAGAAGAAAGCUUACCAACCGGACCUCGUCAAGCUUCUGGCGGAAAAAAGGCAACUCCAGUCUUUCCUGGGUGACCUCUCAAGUGCCUCUGAUAAACUGCUAGGGGGAAAACUAGCUGCUACUUCCUUCUCUGAGGAGGAAGUCUUUACUCCCUUUUCAAGAUUGGCAGUAGACUCUCACCUGAGCAGGUCAGCCGAAGACAGCUUUCUGUCACCCAUCAUCUCCCAGUCCAGAAAGAGCAAAAUCCCAAGACCAGUUUCCUGGGCCAAUACAGAUCAAGUCAGUAGCUCAGCUUCAUCUCAGUUCCUGCCUCGGCCACCACCAGGAAAGCCACCAACUAGACCAGGAGUAGAAGCCAGACUACGCAGAUAUAAAGUUCUAGGGAGUAGCAAUUCCGACUCUGACCUUUUCUCCCGUCUGGCCCAAAUUCUUCAAAAUGGAUCUCAGAAACCCCGGAGCAAUACUCAGAGCAAGAGCCCAGGAUCCCCCCACAAUCCAAAAACACCACCCAAGAGUCCAGUUGUCCCUCGCCGGAGUCCCAGUGCCUCUCCUCGAAGCUCUUCCCUGCCUCGCACAUCUAGUUCCUCACCAUCUAGGGCUGGACGGCCCCACCAUGACCAGAGGAGUUCAUCCCCACAUCUGGGGAGAAGCAAGUCACCUCCAAGCCACUCAGGCUCCUCCUCUUCCAGGAGGUCCUGCCAGCAGGAGCACUGCAAACCCAGCAAGAACGGCCUGAAAGGAUCUGGCAGCCUCCACCACCACUCGGCCAGCAUCAAAACCCCUCCAGGGAAGAAUAAGUCAGCCAGUAAACUCAGCAGAUAGGAGCUGGGCUGCAUCGGUCUGAAAGGUGUGAGAUCUUCCUCCUCCACCUAUGCAUGUUGUGUCCCUGUACUGUCUAUUUAAAAAAUCAGUGUUGAUCUUCAUUUGCAAAAAACAGUAACAUGAUAAGUUAUUUAUAAGAAGACAAAACUAGGUGAUAAGGAAUUACCAAUGGUAGGCAGCAAGCAGCUCAAGAACGAAGGCCUUUACGUAGGAAGGGGUAAUCCAGCAAAUCCCAGGGGGAGCUCUCAUCGGUUUACCGGCCUUUGAAACAAGAGUUGAGGGUAGGAGAUAAAAUGGAAUUUAAAGAUUUGGCCCAAUUUUUUUAAGGCUCUCCUCAAAGAUUAUAUAUAGCGAAAGUGAAGCUCAUUUUGGUAUUUUCACUCAAACUUCCCAACCUUGGAGAGUCAAAAUUGCUCGGCCAUGGGAGUCUGUGUAAGAAGGCUGGUGCGGGGACCCCAGAUUGCUUGGGUACUUUGAACCCGUGCAUUUCUCUGGGGUGUUGAGAAGUCACACUAUUACCUUGCCUCCUCCCUAGUAUCCUCUCUGGAUUUCUCCUUUUAAAGUUAGUGUGCUUCACCUGAUCCAAUCUCUCCCCUUGCCUCUUCACAAUAUUAAUGUGCUUUUAGCCAUACGUGCUGGGAAUUUCAACUCCCAACUACCUUUUUAAAUCCCCUUAUAUUUUUCUUGGAGUACCAUUUCCUAACCCAGUACAUUUUUACUCCUAAAAAUAAUUGAGAAACUUUGGUAAAGAACGAAAAAGUCUAAAUAGAGGUGCUUUAGGGAGAGAGGGACAGAGGGUGGAAGACGCUUGUCCUGCCCUCCCUGCUCAGUCUCCUCCCACAGAAGGGAACUGAGCAGAGGGGACCUUGCUUCCUCAGGUCUUCUCAGGACAGACGCUCUGAAACCACCUCCAAGAGGAUGCCUGGGAAGCGCCAGGCGUGUAGAAUGUGGCUUUAUGCUUUUUGCGGUCAAGAAAGCAAGCAGUUAGGUUGUUGAGGCUUAUAAUAGUCACAGAGUGCAUUUUAUACAUUUAUCCAAUAAGGAAUGAAUAUCUUCAGAAAUAAAUUUAGGCUAACUAUGUCUCAAUGUUUUAUGACUUACUUCUUCUGUACUUUAGUGUGAUUUCCAUGUAAUCUCAGUUUAUGAAGCUGUAAGAGGGAUUUUAUUUGUUCUGAUCUCACCCUUCUGUUAAUAGGAAUCAGGCAAAAUGAAAUGAUAUUCCAGAUUUUUAAAAUGGUCUCUUAAAUUCUCUAGGUGUUUUGUGUUGUAAAGACCUUAUUAAGGUCAGAUAAAUUGGUCUGCUUGCUGUUGAAAUUUGCCUUCUAGCAAGCAUCUGUGCUUUCUCUUUGACCUUGUGUUUGCUGCCAAUCCUAAUAUGGUUACAUUGGGGUGGGGUGGGGUUGGUGGGGGAGGAAAGAAAGAAAAAUUUUUCCUCACCAAGUGAACAUAUCCUAAUGCUGCAUCAAAGCUGCCCUGAAGCUGCACUGAACUGAUUUUGUUCUCUUUAUCUGUUGAACUUUUUCAAAAACAAACUCAGAACACUAUUGAGGCACGUAUGGUUCCCCAUAAGAAAUGCAUAGUGUGGAGUUUUAAUCUCUGAUUUCCAGCACUGCAGAGGAAUGCAGUAGAUAAACCAUAUUUGCUAUUUAACUCAAGCAACUGUAUUAUUGGAAGGCCAGUCCUCUGUAUUAUUUGUAUAAUAGUUGCUCUAACACUACUUGCAUGUCAUCAUGGUAAAUGAUAUAUUUAUAAAUAUAUAGGGAGACAUAUGCUUAUAUGAACUUUCUUUCUCAUUAUCCAUUUGUAAUUUCAAGAUCACAGAUGGUAACAAUCCUUUUCUAUUGGGUGCCUCAUGUAUACUUGGGCCUUGACUAACUUCAUUUUCUGAAAAAGUGUUCUUGCCAUGUGAUGCCUCAGAUUGUUCUUGCCUUCCCUAUGUGAUGCCAGAGUUGGCCGUCCUUAACAAGCCAAAAUAUAUUGUUUAAUUUUCAUUUGAAGCAGAUUUUAAGAGGGGAACAAUGACUGAGACACGCUUGCAUACUGGUUCGAAGAGAUGUCAUGUUAAUCACAUAGUUUUGUCCUUGUGGUUAGAGUGGAUAAGCUGGGAUGAAAAUCAUGGAUCCGACAUGACGAAUUUUUAAGACAGUAUCUUUAAAGUUUCCAUUCUGGUUUUCUCACCUCACUUUUUUUCUUGAAGGUGGUGGGGGAAUCACCUACAAUUAAGGAGUGAUCUCCCCGCUCCCCCUUUGUAUUAGCUGAAGUAUACUGAAGUAUACCGAAGCUUGAAAUCCGCACCCCUCGCAUUAGAAAUGUGUGUGUGUGUGGGGGGGGUCAUUUAGUUCUCAUUGGCAUUCCUCUGGCGGCAAUUAAAAACUGACUGCAAAGGCAAUGUGGCAACAGCUUGUUGUCUUUUUGGCUCCUCCCCUUUUCCACCAAUCUUUCCACUGUGUUACCCUAUUUCUAGCAUUGACAUUAAGUGCUAAAUUUCAAAGAUAAACAGUCUCGUAAUUAUAUUUUAUUUUGCAUGUAGAGGAAAGAGUUAACCAAAGAUGUUUCAGCUCUUACUUUUAAAAGAAAACAUUACUAAUUAUAUCUUAUGUAUCACUAGGUCUCCUCAAAAGCACGGCCCUGCAUAGAGAUUUACGUCGAGCUUUUCAAAAACCUCGGUGUGCUUAGAUGGUAGAUGUCUCUCAGGCUGAAUCUAGAAGUAGUGGCAGCCCUGAACAAAGAAAGCACUUUUGGCACAAAGAUUUGGGGGGUUGUUUCAUUUUAGAAGCACAAUGUAGAGAACGAGUUCUUUACUAUUACUUAUUUUUGGUGUUUCUUUUAGUAGUAUUUUAUUUCAGAUUUAAGUGACAACCAGAUAAUUCCAAGUAAUCAAAAGCCACCUUAAUUAUUCUGAAGGGGAGGGGCUAGCCAGCCAUCAAAAUCAAACCAAAUUGUAAGACCUAUGGGGCAGAAGGUAAAUUGUCUUUUGAAGAUCACAUGCCUCCUGACUCCUAGCAAAGCAAAGUGACUGACUGCCUAGUCACACCUGCCCUUCCCACCCUUCUCUGCUCACUCUGUUCACUUUAGGGGUUGGCUCUGUAGGCAAUUUAGUAGCCAAAUAGCUAGUUAUCUAUGUUUUAAUAUAAAAAGUGUCAUUGGAUUAAAGAAUUAGGUGGAGCCAGAGAUUAAAAUUAGCAGCAGGCUCAACCCCUUUAGGUAGCAUUCGUCAGACCUCUAGGACCUAUGAACUUGUUGAAAUAUAAAACUCCCACAUAGUAUUUUUGUGUUUUAUAUGCACAGUUUAAAGGCUGUGCAAUCUAACUUCAUUCUAAUGCGCAGUGAAUAGAGGAGGAUAGUUGGGCCAUAUCCAGUGUAAUCACCAAGCACAGAUUCUGAGCAUCGUGGGAUGGUAAGGGUUAGGCAAACACUCUGGUUUUCAGCUCUGGUAUGCAGGGCGCAGGGAGUGUGCUGGUGGCAAUUAGUUAGUUCGUUUUGGGAUUUUUUUUAAGUUGCAUGUUGUGAAUUUUUUUGUGUGUAAAAGUUGCCAAGAUUCCCAAGUUCUAAAUAAGGAGCAGAAUGGUCAUUGAGACCCACUGUCAUCACUGUCCACUUUAUAGUACUUGCUUUAAAACCCUAGGCAAACCUCAGCUGCUCGCUGGUGGUAUGCAGUGGAAUAGGCUCCUGGCCACCAUGGGGACUUGGGAUUCUUCACCAGUCAUCAGAGCUUCUUUCUAAGCCACAGAUUUUUCAGGCUUGUAUUUCUGUGUUUGCCUCCACAAGGAAGAAGUAUACAUGGUGCAUGUUUUUCUAAACCCAGACACAGACAGUUACAACCCUAGCUCAUUCUUCUAUAUCCAGUAGCUUUGGAUUGAAAAUAAAUGCUCUUUCCCAAGAGCAGAGGAUUGUUAGUUCUAGGGGCUACAUUCCUUAUCUGACAUAAGAAAUUGUUUAGAGAAACAGAUUACAGAAUUCGUACUUUAAUGACUUAGGGAAAAGAUGCAUUUCACGCUGGCUAUUUGAAAAUAUAUUUGUAGAUAAGUUUAGACUUAGUGUUGGAGAUAAAAGUUUUUCACACUUUAAAACCUUUGUUUUCAUUCCUUUCUAUCAAAGCAUACCACGUUAGAGAAUCUAUUCUUGGUUAUGUUCAUGUGUUUUGGAAUUAAGUUGCUUGCUGAAAUUCACUCUGCUAAAGGCUGCCUGCUUGUUUACCCACCGUGUGGGAUGUGCUGGCGCGGUGCCGAGUAGUGCCUGAACCACCGAGGAAAUAGACUGGUGGAGGACCAAGGCACCGACUCUCAUGAGUUUGACUCUGUAGACAGUAUAGCAGCGAUUGCUAUCUGUGUUUUAAUAAUACAAAGUACAAGUGUCUAUUUAGACCUUACUGUAGAGAAGGGAGCAAGAGGUAGGUCGUCCUUAGACUACUGUAUCUUAGAGUACAGUGCACGGACAGUCCCAGAAGGUCGUCAGCACACCUCACUGCCUAGCCAGUAGAUCCUGGUUUGUACCUGGAGACGGUGGGAGCCAAGUGGGGAUGGCUAUCGCUGGGUACUGUCAACACUUAGGCUCUCCCUUUGGAAUUAAGAGACAUGUCACACAGGGAACCUUGGGAGCCUGCAGAAUCUGUUGCCCAAGCAUGGCUUGGGAGAAUCUGCCAAGUACCUGGGGAAUCUUGAGUUCUUAGGUAAGUCAGGACAUAGACAAGGAUUCCUCUUCACUUAAAUGAGAAUGUGGAUGUUACAACUUCUUUCCCUGGCUGGCCAUGGAAUGCUGACAUUAAAGUCUUGGCCCAUUUAAGACCCUUUACAAUUUAGUUGUGAUUGUCUCUCUGUGAAGCUAUUUCUGCCCCUACUUUAAAAAUCUGUAAACCUGACAUUUCUUAUUCCUCUUGAGAAAGCUUGGAUUAGAAUAAUGUGGGGAGAGAACGAUCACCUUGAGAUGACCCAUGACCCCAAGACACUGAAGAAUAGUAACCACUUAUUCAGCGAUGAUUUGAACAUUUCCUCAGCCUUUGUGGAUACAUAUAUCAAAGAAACGAAGCCUUUCUCUUCAGUGAAAUUUAGUAGGUUUCUGCUCUCUCUUUAAUCAUAAGUGACAGCAUGGGCAGUGUGUGUCAUUUGUUUGUGAUGCCGCCCGCUCCUCCCAGACACCCUCGACCAGGCAAAUAGGAUCACCAUGACUUCGGCUCAACUAAGCAGAUGUGUGUGAGGCCUGUGAACUGUAGGAUUUGUUAAUCACCUGAUUUUACACACUAAUGAUGGAUAGGGUUGUUCUCUUCUUAGAUUGUUCCAUAUUGUAUAUGUAAGUGUUCACUUGCCUAGUUCAAUUUACAUUGACUCAAUCAAGUUUUAUAUAGACGACUUUUGCCAUAUGCUGUUUCUCCCUCAUCCCCACACCCUUAUAAGAAAAAUUUUAAAUCUUUAAAAAGCCCCCAAAAGCACUUCCCCUUCUCUGUCUGGGUGCUCUUCACUCACCCGCACAGGGUGAAAGGCUACCAGAAUGAAUGUGAUUUAUUUUAGGGAGCUAUCCAGGAACAGGAAAGCCCCUUGGAUUUUUUCCAAAAGCAUUUUGGCUUUAAACAGUUCAUCAGAUAAAUUUAUUCACCAAGCAAAAAAGGCAUUCAGAACUACAAAGAUAAGGUCCGGGAACUGCCCCUUGGGACUCUGAGAUCAGAUUGGUGGCCAGAUGGAGUGGUGUAGGCUCGCUGAGGCCCUGGUUUCUCUCAGUGCACAGGGCCCGGCCCUCCCCUGGACACCUUUCCUAAACUAGCCAGUGCUGAUCGCAUUGGGCCAUUGUACGCUGCUAGUGUUUUAAGAAAAAGGGGUCAGGGGGAGCAUCUAGUUUUGUAGUAGAAAUCUCCCAAAUUAUUAGCCGUUGGCUGUUGUUAAAUCAGAUUCAGCCACAAAUCAGAAUUCUCUCUUGUUGAGCAAGACUAACCGGUUAGAAUAGAUGACUUUAGUAAGUUUACUUUUCUCUCCCUCGCCCCUCUUCUCCAGGAAACCAGAGAGAUAAGACACUGCUCUUUGAAAAUGCCUUUAAAGGUAUUAUAUUGUGUGUCCCUUCCCCUCCAACCUGCCCCUUUGAUGUGCUUUGCUCAGGCAACCAAGGACAUAGAGUAUUGGCAGAAACAUGGAGUGCUUUUGUAUAGACCAUCUGUACAUAAAAGUGUAAUUAUUUAUUUAAUUUUCCCAUUUGUAUCAUAUUAAAGCUUUGUACAGUGUUUUAAGUUUUGUUUUAAAAUUAUUUUGUAUUUUAUUUUUAUAAUCUAGUAAUAAAAGAUUCAUUCCGCAUGCAAACUCCAAUUCUAUUUGUGUGAUGGUUUGGAUUUUAAAUGUGAGAUAUCUUUCUCCAAUUAAAAAAAAUGUGAAUACACCAGAAGGUACAAGAUCAACAGGAAACAGAAACUGUUACCAUAAAUGCAGGGGCACGUACAGAAGUGACCUAGAAAAAGACAGCACUGGACGCGAUAGAAACUAGGUGUUCAGGGUUCCUGCUGGUAAAAAACAGGGUUUAUGGAAAUGAGAAGAUGCUUCCCCUUGUAAUAAAAUUCUAAGUGUUAAAAACUGUCCUUACAUCA